UCAAUACAAAUUUGGGAUUUAAACUAGGUAAUUAAUUAUUAAAAAGUUAGACAAGUCACAAGUGAAGUUCAUUUACCUUUUAACUUUUUUUACCGAUUUUGAAAAGUUUACAUCUUGUAACCAGUAACCAGUAACCACAUAAUACUGUCAGAAUCACAGUGGUAGCAUUGUUCCCGUGGAUUACUAUUGACUAUUCCAAAGAUGGCCAAUUUUUGAUGUGCAGAUAGCAGCUUGGAUCUGACGACUGCCACUCAAGAUUGAGGGAUUUUUUAUCAGUUGGAAAAUUUGGAAACAAAUUUCGCAGAAAGAGGUAUUCCUUGCAAUGCCUCCACGGACGGACUGCGUUAUCGAUGAGUUGUCGGGACUUUUUUCCCGUCGCCAGCGUAUCGUUCCCAUUCAGAAGUCCAAUUCAGAUAUUGAAAAUCAACCCCCACACAAACGACUACGUAGAGAUCUUUCCAAUCAUCCCUUGUCGUUGCCCUAUCAAAAUCUGAAGGAACACGUUGCCUCUGCAUUCAAUGCACAACCGCGAUCAUCACUGAAGCAACCAGCACAGCCAGCAGAACAGCAGCAUCUGCGCAUGCCCAGCUAUGUUGACUGCACGACAUGGCCCGGCGUGACCGAAUGGAUGCAGUGUCUGCAGCUGACCGAAGCAUCCAGUGACAUCCAGGAGAGUCUACUAUGCAAUCGCAUCGAGGCAGCCUGGGAUAAAGUAGUGCGACGCUCGCUGCUCUUCAUGGAAUCCAAGCUGUUUCCGUUUUUCGACCGUUUCAUGACGGCAGCCAUGGCGGAAAGGAACGAUCCCAAGCCGAAAACAUUGGUGAUGGCGUUUAUGGGAUUGAGUAGUGUACUGCAUGGGAUUGAAGUGAAAAUUCGCGAGUUGUUCUUCGUCAGUGAGGUGCUUCCAGCGGAACACGUGGAAUAUUCCGUGUCCGAUCUUCUGGAGGAGAUUGAUCUGGGUUUUGUCGAGCCUGUUUUGUAUGCCGCAUUUUCUAACCCCAACACACCUGACUCGGCUGGAUGCCUGUUCACUCCCAAUGUCGGGCGCCUCAGUCAGGCUAAUAAACGAACGAGAGGAGGAGAAUGGGAUACGACUUUUCGUCGUUCGUUAUUGUCAGCCGAUCACACUGUGGAUCACAAUGAGCCAACGCCCAGCGAAAUCUUUCAUACUGCGCACGACGUCACCUCGGAUAUCACGACGGAUCAAGGCAUUAUGGUUUUGGAUAGGGAUCUAUUCUGUCCGGAUGGAAUGAUUUCCGAAGAAGUGGUAUUUCACAUGCUCGUCAACCAAGUGCAGAAGCAUUUUUGGCGACUGUCUGGAGCAGUUACGGCGCUGGAUCGCUAUGUGGUGACUAUCUAUGAAACUUAUUUAGGCCUCAUCGGCAAUGAGCCGCUGCCUGGCUGGGAUGCUGAAGCUAAAGAUACAUUUUUAGGAGAAGUGGAUUUGUUUCACCGCACAGUGCUUGAACUGGAGUUGGCGGAACAGAUACUGGUGCCAGCCUUGCAGAUUCUCUGUGAUAAGCGGAUCAAAGAGCACGUCUCCCAUUGUUUAGCUAACGGGAAUACUCCGGGUGCUGGUGAUAAAGGAAGCGCCAUCUGGAUCGUUACUUCCUUCCAUUCGCUGAGCUCAUUUCUUCACAAUGUCUUCCAACAAGACACGUCAGCGGAGUGUGCACCAUUAGACUUGAUAACCUCGCUGAUCCUUGAAUAUGCUACUCAGGAGUAUAUUCACGCUGUUAUUGAGAGCUUUUUCGAUUUGCUGCUGCAGUGGCCAAAAUCUCGGCAGAGCUUCAUGGAACUAAAAGAGCUGAUGGACCAUACGUCACAGGACGUUGUGCAUGGAAUAAUUGUUUCGCUCCAGCGCCAGUUUCAUUGUAAAUUACUGCGUCCAGGACUCAAUACGCUAGAUAUCUUGGCCGUGUAUACGGCGGCAAUACGUGCGCUUCGUAUCAUCGACCCAUCUCGGGUGAUUCAGGAUCUGGUUUGUGAGCCUGUGAGAGUGUACCUGCGAUCCCGGCCCGACACAGUACGAUGCAUUAUGUCGCAUAUAACGCAUAUCAGUUCGUCACGGGAUCUUUAUCAUCGGAAAACCACGCUGCCGGCGUUGGAUGUGAUGAUCGAAGAGGAGGAAGCAGUCAUUGCCCAAAUGCAGCAUAACAUUAAGAGUGCCAUUUCCGACAUUGAUAUGGAAAACUGGAAAACUUGGAUGCCGGAUCCCAUUUACGCGGAACUGUUGCCGUCGUCUGCCAGAACAGACCGUCAGGCCGACACAAUAGAGCUGCUAAUGAGCAUUUACGGUGGGCAGGAUGUAUUCAUCAACGAAUACCAGCUGAUUCUUGCUGAGAAACUCUUGGGGUAUUAUUCUUUCGAUUCGGAGGAAGAAUCUAAACAUCUCAAAAUGAUGACAAAGCGAUUCGGGGAAAAUCUGUUGCAACGUUCCGACGUUAUGAGCCGCGAUGCCGCUGAUUCUCAGAAGUUUCACCAAAAAAUCCUGGAAAGGCUGGAACUGGGCACUAGUGAAAAACGGAUUCCCCUGGGCAUCCCUGUCAGUGCUUUAGUUAUUUCUCACAAUUACUGGCCAGAAAUCCGGACUGAGAAACUGCGCAUGCCAACAGUCUUGGAAUCGGCCAUGCUCAGAUACAAGCAGUACUUUGAAGAGAUAUCGCUGACUAGAACAGUGGAUUCUCGGCCGGAAUUGGGUCAUGUCAACUUUGAUCUUAUCCUGGACGAUGGACGGAAGAUGAAUAUUAAGUGUAACCCCGUGUAUGCCGCCAUUAUUCUAAAGUUUGUCGAGCAGCCCAGAUGGCCAAUGGAUGAUCUGGCGGAAGCGGUGGGAAUUUCUGCGUCGUUAUUAAAACGCAAGUUAAACUACUGGCAGAGACGCAACGUGCUGGAGGAAAGCGAGCCGGACGUCUUUUCCAUUGUGGCCGAAGGAUCAUUUUUAUCCGAGGAAGAUUUGAGAAGAAUGGAAGAUGAGGAAAUUGAAUCAGCUGUACGGUAUGUUGCGGAGAAUAAUCAGGACGAACAGAAUGUACACAUUCAGUUGCAAAUGUUUUGGAAAUAUAUGACGACGGUAUUGAACAAUGUGCCGACAAUAACGAUUGACCGACUAUUCUCCAUGAUAAGAAUGUUUAUCAUUCGGGGACAAACGAAGAAGGACGUUACCAUUGACCACCUACGGCAAUAUCUGGAUGCCAAAGUACGGGCGCGCGAAUUGGUGUUCAGUAAUAACCGAUAUUCGCUUCCGAAAAAAGAGGCCACAGCUUCUUAAGUCGAUUUGUUUUUCGUAUUUAUCGUAUUAUGUUAAGCACGUAACUCUGCGUGUUUAAUGCUUUACAAUUUUCGUUGCAGUUUUCUGUAAUAGCGAAAGUUUGAAGACAGGAACACCUGCCUAGGUCACUUGGUGUUUCGUACGGCUGUUUUUCAAUCGUGUACGGUGUUUUGAAGUGUUAAAUGUGAAUAAAUGUUUACACCAG